UCUUCCGAGCGAGUUCAACCGCAAAUUAUUUGAUCUCGAUUCGCAAUUAAUGAAAUCGAAAAUUCGUUGAAGUGAAACUCGCUUCUACACAAACGGAAAGCAAUCAAGAACAAAAACCUCAUACAAAGUAAUUAAAAAGGCAAGUGUUUGAUAUUCCAGUGAAAAUGAGAUUUGGCAUUAAUUUGCCGAGGAUUAUCACUGAUUGCAGUGGAUAAGAUGCGGCAACACGACGCACAUUUUGCGUGAGUGUGUGUCUUUUGUGUAAAUUAAUUGCGAGACUCCAAGAUAGAUAGCAGUGAAUCGCCGACGAGAACUAACGGCAACCGAGAUAAAAGGUGGGCGCAUCAAGCAAUGGUGUCACUUCGCCGUGAUUGCAGAUCUAACGUUAUAGCGCGCUUGGUAAUUUCUAAAUAAAACACCAGGACAUUAUCGUGCAGUUAGAGAGCGAACGAAGAUAGCUUUGUACGGAGUCCGUCUGGUCUUAUAUACUACACGCCGUCUACACCCAACAGCGACAACAUGACACAGUCGGUUUUGGAUCAACGACUUGUUAGCAAAUCAAAUGCUUCUUUGACGCACACCACCGUUACCAGUGCCGUUACUGAAGUUUUGGAGAUUUCGAAUUCAUCGAGCGAAGAGUGGACACAUUUCUAUGAUCUUAUGCUGUCUUGGCAAGGCAUUUGUUUCAUCACAAUAUUUUGUGUGCUCAUCGUGAUCACGAUACUGGGCAAUACAUUAGUAAUAAUGGCGAUUAUAACCACACGACGCCUGCGCACCGUAACAAACUGUUUUGUAAUGAGUCUGGCGGUUGCAGAUCUCUUGGUGGGCAUAUUCGUAAUGCCACCUGCCGUAGCCGUACAUUUAGUGGGCUCCUGGCGUCUCGGUUGGAUACUUUGCGACAUUUGGAUAUCGCUCGAUAUACUGCUCUGUACCGCGUCCAUACUCAGCUUGUGCGCCAUCAGCGUGGACAGAUACCUCGCCGUGACAAAACCGCUGAAGUACUCACGUAAACGCCGUUCGAAACGCUUGGCGCUGUUAAUGAUACUGAUCGUUUGGGUGCUGGCGCUGGCGAUAACUUGUCCGCCCAUGCUCGGCUGGUACGAGCCGGGUCGACGUGACCGUAAUGAGUGCCGUUAUAAUCAAAAUAAAGGAUACGUCAUCUAUUCGGCCAGCGGCUCCUUCUUUUUGCCAAUGAUUGUGAUGCUUUACGUUUAUGCGCGCAUUUCCUGCGUUAUCGCCUCGAGACAUGACAAAAUGACCCACACCAGUGUGCAUUGGAAGCGAUUCAGGCGUUACACUACGGUUGAUACUUACAAUUAUGCUGAGCAGGAUUUCUUCGAGUUGACAGGCGAGAAGGCCUCGCAAGAGCGGAGAUUUUCCAAUCAAACCAUCAUUAAUGAGCUAACUGAAGUCAUGGUGCCCGAUGCGGAAAACGUCCGUCCACUGCUCAGCUUAUCAAAGGCGAAUAGCGGUAAGGGUAAUAUCAACGAUUUGACACGACCCGUGUCAUGGAAAACGCCACCAAGUGUGGUGUAUCAGUACACGUCCAAUGGCAAAAGGCAACAAUACGCCCAGUCGUGUCCGCCUGGAUCGAUAGCUCGUAUGCAGCAGCCACGCGGUUCCCAACCGCAACAGCAACAACUGAGAUCCUUGGCCAACUGCAUAAUUUCGCUGAGAAAAGAGCACAAGACUACACAAACGUUGAGCAUUGUGGUCGGGGGCUUUAUUGCCUGUUGGCUGCCAUUCUUCAUUUACUACCUGCUUACACCGUUUCUAGAGCCGCGACAGGUCAGCCGGACCCUCACGCAUGUGCUCACCUGGCUGGGCUGGCUGAACAGCGCCAUUAAUCCCUUCAUUUAUGCAUUCUACAGCAUCGACUUUCGCGUAGCAUUCUGGCGACUCGUCUGCCGACGCUUCUGCAGCAACAUUAUGCGACCACAAACACCCACCACCACUACAUCGAUGCGGCUGUAGGCCAGCAGGUGGGCGCACAAUCGUAGGUCAAUGGAUAUUUUCAUAUAUUCAUUUGACACACAUACAUAUGAAUAUAUAUUUAGAAUUAUAAGCUGAAAAGAAUUCAAGGCGUGGAGCGUGCAUCGGACUAUGUGUGGACAUGUGUAAGGUGUGCUUCAUGUUCAUGUACAUGUUUUUGUCAUCUAAUAUUUAAAGUGUACUAGUCAAGCAUUGUGCUCAGCGCCCAUAUGAAGCGACUCUUAAUAUGGAUGGAUCGAUUUUCAGUUAUUCUAUAAUCGCAAAGAAAGGUUUAAAUGAUCCAUCAACCAAUUAAGGGGACAUGACGCGGCUAAUUAGGAAAAAAUGCGAUUGGCCGCAUAAGAGUCUCAUUGUUUCGAAGAACGCUCGUUAAACGACGCCAAAAUAAGCUAGUCAACGUCAUAGACUUCUGAAAGUUGGGCCAUGGAAGAGGGUUACUCUUAUUAGUAUUCAAAAACUUUUGCCUUCAUGCCAAAUACUAUUCAGGCCACGUAGUAUUUUCUCAGCAAGCAAAAGAUUUAAGAGCUUCGGAUAUAUGAAGCCUUGAACGAAUAUUGAGCCGUUCAAACGCUAUUUUAUUUAUUGUAAGUAAUUAAUAUAAAACAAAACAUAUUGAUGGCAUUUAUAUACAAAAUACAUAUAU